AUGAAGGUAAGCCAGCAACCAGCUUCGGGUGUAGCCUAUUCUCAUCCAACUACAGUUGCUAGCUACACUGUCCACCAGGCUCCAGUAGCUGCUCACACGGUUACUGCUGCCUAUGCGCCAGCAGCCGCCACGGUUGCAGUUGCCAGGCCUGCUCCAGUAGCCGUUGCAGCUGCUGCAACAGCUGCUGCUUAUGGAGGCUACCCGACCGCACACACAGCAACUGACUAUGGUUAUACCCAGAGGCAGCAAGAAGCACCUCCCCCACCACCCCCAGCUACUACGCAAAAUUACCAGGACUCAUACUCGUAUGUAAGAUCCACAGCCCCUGCUGUAGCUUAUGAUAGUAAGCAGUACUACCAACAACCAACAGCUACUGCUGCUGCUGUGGCUGCCGCUGCCCAGCCUCAGCCUUCUGUUGCUGAAACCUACUAUCAGACAGCCCCCAAAGCAGGUUAUAGCCAAGGUGCAACUCAGUAUACUCAAGCUCAACAAACUCGACAAGUGACAGCCAUAAAACCAGCCACACCAAGUCCAGCUACCACUACUUUCUCCAUUUAUCCUGUUUCCUCCACCGUACAGCCAGUAGCAGCUGCAGCCACUGUGGUGCCAUCCUAUACCCAGAGUGCUACUUAUAGUACCACAGCAGUUACUUAUUCUGGUACAUCUUAUUCAGGUUAUGAAGCUGCAGUCUAUUCGGCUGCAUCCUCCUACUAUCAACAGCAACAGCAGCAACAGAAGCAGGCAGCGGCAGCGGCAGCGGCGGCAGCAGCAACAGCUGCCUGGACGGGGACCACCUUUACUAAAAAAGCACCAUUCCAAAACAAACAACUGAAACCAAAACAGCCUCCCAAGCCACCCCAGAUUCACUAUUGUGAUGUUUGUAAAAUCAGCUGUGCUGGACCACAGACUUAUAAAGAACAUUUAGAAGGACAGAAACAUAAAAAGAAAGAAGCUGCAUUGAAAGCCUCACAAAAUACCAGCAGCAGCAACAACUCUACUCGUGGGACUCAAAAUCAGCUACGUUGUGAGCUCUGCGAUGUGUCUUGUACCGGAGCAGAUGCAUAUGCUGCCCACAUCCGUGGUGCUAAGCAUCAGAAAGUGGUUAAAUUACACACAAAACUUGGUAAACCCAUUCCUUCAACAGAACCAAAUGUUGUUAGCCAAGCUACUUCUUCAACAGCUAUAUCUGCUUCAAAACCAGCUGCCUCUCCUUCAAGCCUUGCAGCAAGCAAUUGUACUGUGAAUACUUCAGCAAUUGCAGCUUCUUCGGUGAAAGGUUUAACAAGUACCGGGAGCUCGUCUCUGAACAUCACAGCCAACACUAAAGGGUCCACACUGCCUACAAAUAUGGCUGCCAAGAAAACAUCUACACCCAAAAUAAACUUUGUUGGUGGUAAUAAACUACAGUCAACAGGAAAUAAGACAGAAGACCUAAAAGGAACCGAAUGUGUUAAAAGUAGUCCUGUCACUUCUGUACAGAUGCCAGAAGUAAAGCCAGAUACUGUGUCAGAAACAGUCACAGCUGCAUCUCUGGCUGCUUUGCAGAGUGAUGUGCAGCCAGUGGGCCAUGACUAUGUGGAGGAGGUACGAAAUGAUGAAGGCAAAGUAAUUCGGUUCCAUUGCAAAUUAUGUGAGUGCAGCUUUAACGAUCCCAAUGCUAAGGAGAUGCACUUAAAAGGACGAAGACACAGACUUCAAUAUAAAAAAAAAGUAAAUCCAGAUUUGCAAGUAGAAGUAAAGCCCAGUAUUCGAGCAAGAAAGAUCCAAGAAGAGAAAAUGAGGAAGCAAAUGCAGAAGGAGGAGUAUUGGCGAAGACGAGAAGAGGAGGAACGCUGGAGAAUGGAAAUGAGACGUUACGAAGAGGACAUGUAUUGGAGGAGGAUGGAGGAGGAGCAGCAUCAUUGGGAUGAUCGCCGUCGAAUGCCCGAUGGAGGCUAUCCUCAUGGUCCUCCAGGCCCACUAGGCCUUCUCGGAGUCCGACCAGGCAUGCCUCCUCAACCACAGGGGCCUGCACCUUUGCGUCGCCCUGACUCAUCUGAUGACCGUUAUGUGAUGACCAAGCAUGCGACUAUUUAUCCCACCGAAGAAGAGUUACAGGCAGUUCAGAAAAUUGUUUCUAUCACUGAGCGCGCCUUAAAGCUUGUUUCAGACAGCUUGUCUGAGCACGAAAAAAGCAAAAACAAGGAGGGAGAUGAUAAAAAAGAGGGCGGUAAGGACAGAGCUUUGAAAGGAGUUUUGCGAGUAGGCGUGUUGGCAAAAGGAUUACUUCUCCGAGGAGAUAGAAAUGUCAACCUUGUUUUGCUGUGCUCAGAGAAACCUUCAAAGUCAUUACUAAGCCGUAUUGCAGAAAACCUACCCAAACAGCUUGCUGUUAUCAGUCCUGAGAAGUAUGACAUAAAAUGUGCUGUGACUGAAGCGGCAAUCAUUUUGAAUUCAUGUGUGGAACCCAAAAUGCAAGUCACUAUCACCCUGACAUCUCCAAUUAUUCGAGAAGAGAACAUGAGGGAAGGAGAUGUAACCUCGGGUAUGGUGAAAGACCCACCGGACGUCUUGGACAGGCAAAAAUGCCUUGACGCUCUGGCUGCUCUACGCCACGCUAAGUGGUUCCAGGCUAGAGCAAAUGGACUGCAGUCCUGUGUGAUAAUCAUACGUAUUCUCCGCGACCUCUGCCAGCGAGUUCCAACCUGGUCCGAUUUUCCAAGCUGGGCAAUGGAGUUACUAGUGGAGAAAGCGAUCAGCAGUGCUGCUAACCCUCAGAGCCCUGGGGAUGCACUGAGAAGAGUGUUUGAGUGCAUUUCUUCAGGGAUUAUUCUUAAAGGCAAGUUUUUCGUAAUUUGUACUGAUUCAUAUUUUAGUCAAAUACUGGACUAG